AUGAGCGAAGCUGAGCCAAGGUUUGCUCACAUGUUUGAGGAGACAUUUGUGGACCAGAGAAGGCGGCAACUCUCCCAGGUGAACCUCAUCGCCGAGAGCGCUGCCACUGGAUUGACGCUGGGCACACCUCUGGCCACGGCUGUGCUGCUGGCAGCCAUGUACAUGGCCUACGUGCUCUCUGUGAUGUCGCAACUUGGGAAGACGACCCACACGGAGCCUGCAGCCCCUUUUGAACUGGGCACGCGGCAGCUUGCAGACAUCCAGUGGGGGAGCGCAGUGCUAGUGACGUGCGCGUACUGUUUUCUCGUCUUCAUUGGGGUGCGGUGGAUGGAACGGCGGUCGCCAGUGCGAUCUGUGAUUUUUGAGCUCAUGGCGGUGUACAACUGUAUGCAGGUUUUAAUGAACGUCUACGAGAUUGCAGCAAUCCUAUAUGACAUGACAAGUUCCGACUUCCGUUUAGACACUCUGCCAAAGAAUGUUGCAGAGCCUCUAAUUUGGCUGCAGUAUCAUUGCAGACAGCUCGAGCUUUUGGAUUCGUUUUUCAUGAUACUCCGAAAGAAAUUUUCAGAUGUAUCUCUCUUUCACAUGUACUAUCGCGUUCUGAAUAUGUGGGGUUGGUUCUUUGGCUUCCACUAUGCUUGCGUGGGACCAACGCUGGUGCCGGCGCUGGUGACCUCUAUCGCUCAGACACUGCAGUAUAUGUCGUUCAGCAUGGCUUUGUUCGGCGUGCGCAAGCUGCCAAUCUUUCGGAAGGCACCCAUUGCGGAGCUCCAGAUCGCAUCGUCCGUCAUAUGUGUGCUUCACACUUUGUUUAUGGCUGUGACCGGGCGUUUGCCGAUUGGUCUGGCAAUGCUGCAUGUCUUUGUGCUGUUGAAUGGCGUGGUGUUGUACACGGAUUUCCACUUCCGUGAGACCCAUCCGCUGCGAGAUGCUGUGAAGCCUGGCAUGCCGGCGGAACGGGUCACAUUCUCCUUCGACUCUGCGGGGUGGCUGUAUGUGUAUCAGUUCGGGGUCGCUGCUUUCUUGCAGGAACAUUUGAUGCCAGCACCCGGAAGCACACCUGAUCCAAGCCACUACCCGGAUGGCCUUGGCUUCAGCGGCUCGAGCGCCGGAGCGCUCACGGCCCUCUUGCUGGCUUCUGGGACAUCGGUUCCAGAUGUUUUCGAGCACGUUCUGGCUCAGUACAAGAUCUGCCGCCGGCAGCCAUGGAAAAUGCCAGUCUGUGCGGAAGAGGCAUUGCGGCAAUAUCAGUUUCCGGGGGCGUACAAGGUCAUCGCUGGAAGGCUGCGGAUCUUGAUCACUCGGGCACUUUUUCGCCCGCCGUUCAUCAUGGGCGAGGUGGUAGAUGAGUUUCCAGAUAACGAGACGGCCAUUCAGCUUCUCAUGGCUUCCUGCCAUAUUCCUGGCAUCUGUGGGGUGCUUCCAAAGAAUAUUGGGGGAAAGUACUACUAUGAUGGCAUGAUGUGGAGUUCGCUCUUUGUGCCAUGGCGCGGUGCCAAAGAGGACCACAUAGUGAAAGUCUCCGGAAUUGGAGGAGUCAUGUCAGACAUUCGGCCGCCAUUCAUUCCGCCUUGGUGGUGCAUUCUGCCCCCACCGGUUCGUGUACUGCGUGGGCUUUACUGGCAAGGUUAUAUGGAUGCCUUGAUGUGGUUUCGGGCGCCACCUCGAGCUCAGCUGGAAGGAAUCUGCGGCUCACGACGUGAGCGUAGCGAUAGUUCGGCAUCAUUGAGGCGGCAGCCGUCCAAUGUCGCCACGGAAAGGAAGUGGCAGGCUGCCAAAGCCUUGCUGAAACAGGCCCCGCCCAAGUUGGCCAAGGCAUUGGCGGUCUCCGAUCCGAGUGGGGAAACCGUGCGGACGCUGCUGAAAGACUUCUAUGAUGCAAGGAGUUGGACACUUCACGCUGCUGCGCUGGCCUUUUGUUUGCUGCUGCUGCCGCUGGGAGCAGUGAUGCUCUUCAACAUCGUCAUCGCAGCCUGUGAAAGGGCACGGCAGUGGCAGCGAGCCUUGCGACUUUUCCGCCAAAUGGGUUUGCGCGGUGCUCCGCCCAAUGUAGUCAGCUUCACUACAAUGAUGACGGCCUUGACACGUGGUACCAAGUGGGAUCUCAGCCUAAGGCUCAUGGAGGAGGCACGUGACUCACCAGAACAGCUGAAUACUUUCAUGUUCUCCUCCGCAAUUUCCGCCUGCGAAAAAGGAAAUCUGUGGACUCUGGCAGUGCAGCUUCUGGAGGAUGCGGAAGCCACGGAGGCAGGCGGCGCGGGCGGCAGGGGCAGCGGGGGCAGCCGUGCUGGGCCUUCUGACGCGUGUCUCAACGCGACGAUCAGUUGCGUUGCCAAGGCACUCGAAUGGCAGAGUGCACUAGACCUCGCAGCAUCCUUCCCUUCGAGACAGUUGCACCCGAAUAGUGUGACCUACAAUGCUUCAAUUGGUGCAUCUGGGGCUGGGCGUCACUGGACUCUAGCUUCGCAUCUCUUCGCUGAGAUGCAAAGCAGACAGGUGCAGAGCAACAACAUGAUCCUGGGCACCCUUGCUUCAACUUUGGGAGAGUCUUCUCACUGGCCUCGAGCCCUCGAGCACCUGAAGGCUUUCGAAGCUGAUGGUGGUGUAGCCGAUCACAUUACAUUGUCUGCCAUCCUCGCAGGGUGUGCUCGGGGUUCCAGCUGGGAAGCUGCGAUGGCUCUGCUUGUGGGGAUGCGGGCCCGGCAGCUUGACCUGCACGUCAUCUCAUGCAACGCCGCUAUGACGGCUUGCCAGAGGGCUCAGCAGUGGCAUCGCGCCCUUUUUCUCUUCGAGGACAUGGCUUCCAGACACCUCGAGCCUGGAAGCCAGACCUCGAACGUUGCGAUCCAGGCCUGUCUGUCUGGUUCUCUUUGGGAGUUUGCCGUGCAUCUCCUUGAGCAGUUGGAGGAGCCCGAUGAAUUUGCCUUCACUGGAGCCACCUUGGCGGUUGUUGCAGCCACUGUCGGGGGCGCACGACGCUCGCAGGCGCUGGCUCUGUACAGGGAGGCUUGCGACUCUGCCGUCGCAUGCCACCUGCAUAGUGUUGAGGCCGGCGUGAUUGACCUCCAUGACCUCCGUGUAGAGCAGGCGAAGCUUGCUGUUGAAGCCACUCUUUUGGAGAGGCUUACAAAUGCGUGCCUUGGGAGAGAGCGACUGGCUGACCUUGUUAUCGUUGUGGGUCUUGGCAACCGUAGCACUGGUGGCCAACCAGUCGUCGGGCCUGCUGUCGUGGAGCUGUUGAGAGAAGAGCUCCAAAUACCUGUGUCGCCGUUACCGAAGUCGCCAGGACGACUCGUGGUCAAGGCUGCAGCUCUUGAGCAAUGGCUCAACGAGAGCUGA